UGAUUUGGGUCUUGCAACUUUGCCCUGGCUGUUGUUGUUGAUGUUUGUUUCCCCUAUAUCUGUCAGUAUGACUGUGGCAGGGAUGGCUCUUUCGGAGCAGCUGUCAAACAUGCUCAGCCUUGUGAAGGAGCUGAGCCACUUCGGUUCACAGAGAUGUCAACGAACCCCUCUCACCAGUCUCUCUCUUUCUCUCUCUCUCAUUCUGCCACCCAACCUCAUCUUUUUGCCAGAACUGGAUUUUAAAAAGAGGGUUUUGGGGGUUUUUUUUUCUGCACAAGCAGAAAAGCGGAGGCACUGAUCUGAUGAAUCAAUACGUAGGGGGAAAAGUCUGGCAUGCCUUUAGAUGGCACGCAUUACAUGGGGACGGAGUUGGGGAAAAGCAAAGCAACCUCUGAUGCCUCUGUCCGAUUUGCAAGGAAGCAACUAUGAAGAGGAAAUUGAUGUCCUACAUGAUGCAGCUGGUUCUUCUCCUUUUCUUGGCAUGCUUGUCUGCAAGAUCAUCCUUGGCUGACCCCAAUGAAGAUGAAGCAAAAAAUAACAUCACCAUCUUUACAAGAAUUCUAGACAGACUUCUGGAUGGAUAUGAUAAUCGACUGAGACCUGGAUUGGGAGACAGUACAACUGAAGUCUUCACAAACAUCUACGUGACCAGUUUUGGGCCAGUUUCAGAUACAGACAUGGAAUACACAAUAGAUGUUUUUUUCCGUCAAAAAUGGAAAGACGAACGGUUAAAGUUUAAAGGUCCAAUGAAUAUUCUUCGACUGAAUAAUCUAAUGGCCAGCAAAAUAUGGACUCCAGAUACAUUCUUUCAUAAUGGGAAGAAGUCAGUUGCUCAUAACAUGACCAUGCCAAACAAACUACUAAGAAUUCAAGAUGACGGGACUCUCCUAUAUACUAUGAGAAGCAAGCAAGCAUAUCGUGGUCUUUUGCCUUCUAGGCUCACAGUCCAGGCUGAGUGUCCAAUGCACUUAGAAGACUUCCCUAUGGAUGCUCACUCAUGCCCAUUGAAAUUUGGCAGCUAUGCAUAUACAUCUUCAGAAGUGACCUACAAGUGGACUUUCAAUGCAUCCAAUUCAGUAGAAGUGGCUGAAGAUGGCUCAAGGUUAAAUCAGUAUGAUCUCUUGGGUCAGACAAUUGGACAGGAAACAGCUAAAUCUAGUACAGGUGAAUACACAGUAAUGACAGCUCAUUUUCAUUUGAAGAGGAAGAUUGGUUAUUUUGUGAUUCAGACUUAUCUCCCCUGCAUUAUGACUGUCAUCCUGUCCCAGGUGUCAUUCUGGUUGAACAGAGAAUCCGUGCCAGCAAGGACAGUGUUUGGAGUAACAACAGUCCUAACAAUGACAACUUUAAGCAUCAGUGCGCGAAACUCCCUACCCAAAGUAGCUUAUGCCACAGCUAUGGACUGGUUUAUUGCUGUUUGUUAUGCAUUUGUAUUCUCUGCCUUGAUAGAAUUUGCCACUGUAAAUUACUUCACAAAAAGAGGAUGGGCAUGGGAUGGAAAAAGUGUAGUGAAUGAUAAGAAAAAAGAAAAGGCAUCUGUCAUGAAGAAAAACAAUGCUUAUGCAGUGGCAGUUGCCAAUUAUGCACCAAAUAUCACCAAAGACUCCGCUCUCCCAACCAUCUCCAAGAGCGCUACCACCACGUCUACUGGCACAACCACUGCAGAACCUAACAAGGCAAAGCCAGAUGCCAAACCAGCAGAAGCAAAGAAAACCUUCAACAGUGUUAGUAAAAUUGACAGGAUGUCAAGAAUAGUAUUUCCUGUUUUAUUUGGUACUUUCAACUUGGUAUACUGGGCAACGUAUCUAAACAGGGAACCUGUCUUACAUGGAUUUGCUCCAGCACACUAAAACCUUAAUUUUAUGAUGAGGGUGCAUAACAUCAUGAUAAUCUGAUUGUUUUCCUAUGUACAGUAUGACUAAUAACUGCUAAUCUGUGAACCAAUAUGUACAGAAUGUAUAUAGGCAUCAUGUCCGUUUAUCUCCAAAGGAGGUGCACAAAGUUUAUUCAUGGGAUCUGAAAAACAGAUAGCACCCAUGUCAAAUAUAGUCUGCUCUCCUACCCAUGUGAGUUCUCCUAAACUUGGAUUCAAAUAUCCUAAAUUAUAUCCAUACAACCUUAAAUGGUCCUACAUAACUAUUUAGUAACACUAUUUUUUUAAUUUAAAGUUUAAAAUAUUUUUCUAUAAAAUGACUGAUUCUACUUUAAUGCAAAGAAGCUAUCAUUUAAAAGAGAGAUUUUUUAAAACAAAGUAAUCUUAAUAAUUUCUUACGGUAGCAGCGCCCAUGUAAAUAUUAUAGAUGAGCGGUGAGUUCAAAUAUUCUCUUAUUGCAACCAUUCUGAAUGCAAGGUACAUGUAAAAGCUAUUGGAAUGUCAGGGGUAAUACUUUCUUCCUUUUAGUGAAGGUUCAAAGUUAAUGAUUGAAGGCUAAACCUGUGAUCUUCCAAAACUUUUGUCUGAAAGGGGAAAAAAGAUUUCCAGUAGUCCAUGUGCCCAAGCAAGUUUACAAAU